AUGGUGGGACUAGCUCAACCAAUGCCUAAGAAGGUGUCAAGGAGCCAGCUCGACCGACAGCUCGAUCGAGCUAGAAACCAGGGCAACUCGAUCGAGUUCCUCAACUCGACCGAGGUCUUUUGGAGCAUUCUGGAGCAUAUUGGACAUGAGGAGCAUGGAGGGACUUGGCACAUGGAGCAGCUCAACUGGAUAUGCAAAGGAAGAAGGGAGAAGCCAUCUUAA